AUGGAAUUUAAAAACAUAACUUUAUAGUCAUAGUCUUCUUUUCUUUCAUUUGAAGGAAUCAAAAAUUUAUUGAUAAGAAAUCUUACAAUCAGUAAAUGUAAUUUUACCCAAAAUAUAAUUCAAGUUAACAAUUUAACUAAUCUUAAAAUGGAGAAUAUAAUUAUUACAGAAAAUAAGUUUUAACAAGGAUUUAUAUUUGCCAAUUAGUCUGUGAAUGUUUUUUCUAAUCAGAUUUAAGUUAUUAAUAAUUAAUUAAAUGCUAAUAUUAACCAACAAAGUUAAAUAAAUCCAUACCUGUUCAAUUUUUAGUAAGUUUAACAAGUUUUAUUUAGCAACAUAACUUUUAAUAACUCAUAAAAUUUGGGCUUUAUAAAUUUCACUGGCAUGAUGAUAAGCUUUUAAUUUUUAUAUUCUAUGUAAAUAACAAAUUGUUUUUUCAAUGAAAUACAAUUAUAGAUACCUGUAAUUCUGAUAACAUAUGGAUAAACUAUUAGUAUAACAAAUAUGACAGUAUAAAAAAUGAAUAGCUCACACUUUAUGCAAAUAUAAUUAGUAGAUCAACUAUUUUUAAUAAAAUUAACCUUUAUAAAUGUAAAUGAACAUUUAAUUGAAUAAAAAAAUUUAGAAUCUUCUUUAUCUAAAUAAUUUUAAAAAUAUUUGUUGAGCUUUGGAGGAAUAAAAAAUUUUAUACUUUCAAAUUUAUAAAUUUCUUUUUGCAACAAUAUUGGACAAUAAUCUUUAAGCAAAUAAAAUAAUAAUAACUAACUCAAUAUCAAACAUAAAUGA